UGAACAAAGUGCGCGCCGUGUCCAGUCUGUUCGUCAGAGAUGGAGGAACAAGUGGUGGCGGGUACGUUUUUGAAUUGGUCCUCUCUCUAUUGCGCUGGGUCGUUGAAAACUGUCGGAGCGUUUGUCUCGCUUCGCUGCCCAUCAUGUAGCGUUUCCCUGAGUACAUGACACGUAACCCGGGUUUGCAUCUUGAUGUGGCGGACAUCUGGAACUUGUACGUGUCUGCAGCGAAACCUCGAAGUUCCGACAUGAAAGCAGAGCAGCAGGAGUGGGGCCCCAGUCUGGACCAGGAGGAACCAGAACCUCCACUCAUCAAAGAGGAAGAGGAGGAGGAAGAUGUCACCAAGUUGCCCUUCAACAUCGUUGUUGUGAAGAGUGAGGAUGAUGAAGAUCAAGCUCGGUUCUCGCAGCUUCAUCAAUGUGAGGGAGAGCCUCCAACAAGAUUGCCUCAACACAUGAAAACCGAAGGAGACGACUGUGAAGCAUCCAGCAGCUUGGAUCCACUCCUACACUCAGAUACUGACAUCAGUGAAGACUGGAGAGAAAACAACUCUGUCCUAGACAGUGUCUAUAAAGAUGAUGACAAAUCAUUGAGCUGCUCUGAAUGUGGGAGGAAAUGUUCCUCCAAAGCUGGACUGACUCUGCAUAAGGGCUCCUGCAGUGGAAAACCUUUAUCCUGCUCAGUUUGCGGAAAAAUAUUCACUCAUCGAGGACGUCUUCGAACUCACUCAAGGAUUCACACUGGGGAGAGACCGUUCUCUUGCUCUCUGUGUGGUAAGUGUUUUAAUCGAAAAGAAUAUAUGAAGACUCACAUGAGAAGUCACACAGGUGAGAAACCCUUCUGCUGUUCAGAGUGCAACACCUACUUUACUCAGAGAGAGCAUCUGAAGAGACACAUGAGAAUUCACAUUGGAGUGAAACCGUUUGACUGUUCAGAAUGUGGCAAGCGUUUCAGUGAGAGGCAUGAUCUGAUGACUCAUGUGAGAAUUCACACAGGAGAAAAACCUUUCUGCUGUUCCGUGUGCAGUAAAUGUUUCAACCAAAAACAACAUCUCAAAGUUCACAUGAAAAGCCACACCGGAGAGAAGCCGUUUUCCUGCUCAGAAUGUGGGAAAUGUUUCAAUCAGACCCAACAUCUGAAGACUCACAUGAGACGUCACACAGGUGAGAAACCCUUUGGCUGUGCUGAAUGUGGCAAAAGUUUUAUUCGAAGAGCACACCUGAAUAUUCACAUGAACAGUCACACAGGAGAGAAACCGUUUAGCUGCACAGAUUGUGGUAAAUAUUUUCAACAGAGAGAUCAUCUGAAGGCUCACAUGAGGAUUCACACAGGAGAGAAACCCUUCAACUGCUUGGAAUGCGGAAAGUCUUUCAAUCAGGCGCAGCACCUGAAGACACACACGAGGAUCCACACCGGGGAGAAGGCCUUCAGCUGCGCGAUAUGUGACAAAUGUUUCACCAAGAAAAAGUACCUCCAGGCUCACAUGAAACGACACACUGCGGUGGAACCCUGGCUCCAAGCACAAAUGUCUAUUGAACCUCAAAUUUCGCCUGAGAAAUAAUCAAAUAUUUGUCAUGAACUUGUCAGACGGGUUCUUCUUCCCUUCAAAGGAGUGCACCAAAGAAACAUGUUUGAGUUCAAUGUAAGCAGUUUGGACGCCUCUUGAACUGGUCUGAUGAUAGUCAACCUCUCUCAUCCUUUAAGAGGCCCUGUGCUGCUGUAUUUCACUGAGCUCAAAUCUCAUGGAUGGUUGGGUUUACUACUUGACAGGUUCUGUCUGGCCCAGUAGCCAGUGUGCUGCUCAGUGGUCACCUCGCUCGCCUGCGUUGUGUCAUCUGUUGUUUGAUGCUGUGGCUCCUGGAGAGUGGCAGCAAGUCACCUUUUCUCUGUUUGUCUUUGAAAGAAGAUGACAAAGAUCAUAACUGGAGCUGGUGAUGAGACUGGAUAUGAUGACUCGUCAAGAUACUGCCACACACCCCUCCAAUCUUAGUUGGAGAAGCCUUUUUUCUCAAAAAAUAAAGGAAACACUAAAGUAACACAUACAUGAAAUGUUUUUAUUAAAUACUACAUGAUACUGUUCUUUCCAUAGUUGAAUGUGCUGACAACAAAAUCACACAAAAAUGAUCAAUGAAAAUGACAUGUAUCAACCCAUGAAAAAACACUGAUGAGGCAGCAGAUGUUCUCCUGAGGGAUCUCCUCCCAGAGUGUUCAUGUUGCAGGAACUGCUGACACACUCCUGACACAUGAGGUCUAGCAUUGUCUUGCAUUAGGAGGAACCCAGGGCCAACCGCACCAGCAUAUGGUCUCACAAGGGGUCUGAGGAUCUCAUCUCGGUAACUACAAAAACGGUGAACUACAAACAUGAACAUACAAAUCCGUCUUUAAGGCAGGUUUGCAUUCACAAAAACAAGUUGACGGACCCUGAUGGACUCAGCCUGUUCCUCCGGUCAGAGAUUAUCUGCCCGGUACAGAUGUGUCCACAAUGCAUAACCUCACUUUCAUCACCACAGAAAGCCGUUAAUAAGCUGGGGAACUUCUUUCCCACCAUGAUAGUGAGUUCAACAUGCCGGAUAGGUGUUCCUCUGCCCAGUAAGUCCUCAUCUCCAUUAUGAGGUGUGAUGUGGAUGAUCUUGUUCCUGACCUCCUACUUUUCAUUCUUUCAUCAACGUCCUUCCAAAACAUUGUUUUUUGUGCCGACUGCAGCACCUAGUAGUAGUAGUUGAUUGAGUAGUCAAAACUACUUACCUUUCAGCACUAGGGUUGAAGAAUGGUGCCAAUGUCUGAUGUCCCCUCCCUUCCCUGUUGCCUCAUCUCUCUCUCUUCCCCCUUUCAUCCCUCCGUCCCGCCAGACCACACACAAAAAUGCAUACUUUUUCUAGGCUAAAACAAUGUUGCUGGUGCAGUGUGCAACCACUAACAUUCUUGUCUCUCAGACCUUGUUCCUGUGAGUUGUCAAGGAGGAUGCUACAGAACCCGUUCCAUUUGCUGGAGAGAGUCAUUUGUUCCACAAUAUUGCUUUAACAUUUAGACUUCCUGCAUUCUUCCCUCAAUGGCAAUAUUUUGCUGACCUUUUACUUGUUCAUAUGCCAACACUUACAGAUGGUUUAGACUAAGCCUUAUGAUGAUUCAUGUUGUUGUCAUGCAUAAAUCUAACUAAUUAAGGCGGCAGAGGCUGCGCAGGUU